CAAAGAACAAGGGAUAGGAUGAUAGGAUACAUAUCGUUUAAUUUACAACACCGUCGCUCAGCUAGUUGUACUACCUAUACUGGCGCGAGAGACUUGACUCAAUACAAGUUUACUUUCAAGAUGGCUACCAGCAUGUCCACCAACAAAAAUAAAGAAAAAUGUUUGUUUAUGAGAGGCGAGCAUACAAUGACCGUACCAAAGAGUCUCUUUUACGGGAACAGAACACGUCUUGCUCAGCGUUUAAGAGAGAAGGCAGCAGGAGUAGCACCAGGUGAAGGUGGUUUUGUUUUGCUGCAGGGUGGCGAUGAGGUCCCUUUCAAUGACACUGACAUUAACUACGAAUUUCGGCAGGAAUCAUUUUUCCAAUGGGCUUUUGGUGUUGAAGAGCCUGGUUGUUUUGGAGCAUUAGAAAUAACUACUGGCAAAUCGAUAAUAUUUUUUCCACGACUACCAGCCGAGUAUGAAAUUUGGUGUGGUAAACUCAGUACGUUAGAAGAAUUCAAAGAGCGGUAUGGUGUAGAUGAAACGUAUUAUGUUGACGAAAUAGCCCAGGUGUUUGAUAAAAAAAAUGCCAAGCUUAUUCUAACUUUGUUCGGCCAAAAUAGUGACAGUGGACUCUACUCCAAACAAGUAAACUUCGAUGGUAUUGAAAAAUUCAAAGUUGAUAAUACUAUUUUGUAUCCUGAGAUAUGCGAGUGCUCUGACGCUCACAAAAUGGUUAUGCGAGCAGUACGUCCAGGUUACACCGAAUAUCAGGGUGAAUCAAUUUUCAAACACUACAUCUACUCAGUCGGUGGAUGUAGGCACAUUUCUUAUACAUGUAUUUGUGGUUCUGGACAUAAUGCUUCUAUUUUACACUACGGACAUGCUGCUGCACCUAAUGAUAGAACAAUAAAAGAUGGUGAUAUUUGUCUUUUUGAUAUGGGAGGAAAUUACUGUGGUUACGCUGCUGAUAUAACAUGUAGUUUUCCAGCAAAUGGAAAAUUUACAGUUAAUCAAAAAUUUAUUUAUAAUGCCGUGUUGGGUGCCCGUAAUGCGGUGAUUGAAGCUGCUAAACCCGGUGUCAGUUGGAUGGAUAUGCAUUUACUGGCAAACAAGGUAAUGCUUGAGCAUUUGAAACAAGGAAAUCUGUUAGUGGGUGAAGUAAGUGACAUGAUUAACGCUGGAUUAAAUGAAAUUUUUCAACCACACGGCCUUGGUCAUUUACUGGGAUUGGAUGUUCAUGACGUUGGUGGUUAUUUACCUGACUGCCCCAAAAGAUCCGAAAACCCAGGAGUAAGAAAAUUGAGAACCGCUAGAAAAUUACUUUCGGGUAUGGUGUUAACAAUAGAACCUGGCUGUUAUUUUAUCGAUUCUCUUCUUGAUGCUGCCCUGGCAAAUCCUGGCCAAAGUAAAUUUAUUAAUCCUGAUAAAUUGAAAUUAUUCCGUGGCUUUGGUGGCGUCAGAAUUGAAGAUGACGUAUUAAUUACCGAAACUGGAGUUGAAAAUUUAACUUUUGUUCCUCGGACAGUAGAAGAGAUAGAAGAGUGGAUGGCUCAUGGCAGAGAAAAUUUAUUGCUACCUCAAGAACUGCUAAAACCUUAA